AUGGCUUCAAAUCCUCCUGGAGACUGCUGCGUCAAGGGUGUCAAGCACGAGGGCACGCCCACAGGUGUAGACAUCAAUGUAGGCAUACACCAGGCCUACCUAGCUACUCCCGAUCCAUCUACUGCCAAAGACGCUGCUAUCCUGUUUAUCCCCGACGUCAUCAGCAUCUGGCAGAAUAGCAGGUUAAUGGCUGAUCAAUAUGCCGCCAAUGGCUAUCUUACCCUCAUCAUUGACCCUUUUAAAGGCGACGCCUUAUCGCUGAACCGCCCCGAUGGUUUCGAUUUCGUAUCUUGGCUGUCUAAGGGUUCUACUGGCGACAAUCCCCACACUAAGGAGGCUGUCGAUCCUAUUAUUGAAGCUGCUAUUCAGUACCUCACGAUUGUGAAGGGUUUCAAGAAGCUGGGAGCCGUCGGGUACUGCUUCGGAGCAAAGUACGUCGCCCGUCACUUCAAGAACGGUAUCCAGGUUGGCUUUAUGGCGCACCCGUCCUUUGUUGAUGAGGAUGAGCUUGCAGGAUUCAAGGCACCGCUAUCUAUCGCGGCCGCUGAGACAGAUCAGAUCUUCCCGGCCGACAAGCGACACAGGUCUGAAGAAAUCCUAGCUCAAGGCGGAUUACCCUACCAGAUCAACUUGUACUCGCAGGUGGUCCAUGGAUUUUCAGUCCGUUGUGACACUAGUAAAAAGAAUGAGCGCUUCGCUAAGGAGCAGGCUUUCCUGCAGGCUGUGACCUGGUUCGAUAAUUGGCUGCUAUGA